AUGAAGAUUCUGUAUAUCCUUCUAGGUAUACUUUGUUGUGUUGCAGCCUCGUCAAACACAGAUGAUGAUCAAAAAUCAACUCACACCAACAACUGGGCUGUUCUGGUGUCGUCAUCCAGGUUCUGGUUCAAUUAUAGACAUAUGGCGAAUGUUUUGAGCUUUUAUAGGACUGUCAAAAGAUUGGGUAUUCCAGACUCUCAAAUCAUUUUGAUGAUGUCCGACGACGUGGCCUGUAACCCGCGUAAUGCCUUUCCUGGUUCAGUGUUCAACAAUAAAGAUAGAGCUUUAGACCUAUACGGUGAUAACAUAGAAGUGGAUUACAGAGGUUACGAGGUCACCGUUGAGAACUUCAUCCGAUUAUUGACCGACCGAUGGGGACCUGAUCAUCCCCGUAGUAAAAGAUUACUCACAGACGAAAAUUCAAACAUAUUCAUAUACUUGACCGGUCAUGGUGGUGAGGACUUUCUUAAAUUUCAAGACGCGGAAGAGAUUAGUUCCUAUGAUAUUGCUGAUGCUUUCCAGCAAAUGGCAGAAAAGAAAAGGUACAACGAGAUUUUCUUUAUGAUUGACACUUGCCAGGCAAAUACAAUGUAUUCCAAGUUCUACUCGCCCAAUAUCCUUGCUGUGGGAUCCUCACGAUUGGAUGAAAGUUCAUAUUCACAUCAUUCCGACACCGAGCUUGGAGUGGCUGUCAUCGAUAGGUUCACCUAUUACAACUUGGAAUUUCUGGAACAAAUAGAAAAGGACUCGAACAAAACUAUGGCUGAUCUUUUUGAAACCUACACUUUUGAAGAUAUACAUUCACACGCUGGUAUACGAACAGAUCUAUAUAACCGAAACCUCUCUAAAGUUCUGCUCACCGAUUUCUUUGGAAAUGUCCAAAAAGUGGAGGUGGGUAACUUAGAAGAUGAUCUCUUAUACCUUGCAAUGACCAACGAAGAUGGCUCUCCAAAACAGUUUUCCGCUCAGCUCUCACAACAUCGCCAGACUAACGUUUCAUCUGACCGUAAACCAAGGCCACUAAACAAAGACAGCUCUAAAGAGAACUACAUUAAUCUGGAGUCUACCGAACCUCCCUUGGUUAGGAAACUUCUCAUCGCAUUAUUGCUGGUUUCUACUCUUGGGUUCACUUACACGCUUAAAUAA